GUGAUCAUUAAAAGUAGCUGUCAAAGACUUCUGAAUCAAAAUACGUCAAAAUUAUUUUCAAAGUUCCAGGAUUCACGUUUUGGUGUUACGCAAAAAGUAAAAAGCCGGCAGUAUUUAACGAGAUAUCGAUACCUUGUUUUAGUUUUUGUAAAAAUUCUCGAAGAUUAAACCAAUCUAAAUGGCCACACAAUUCCUGAACCGAAUCGGUCAACUUGGCUUGGGCGUUGCGAUUGUUGGAGGUGUUGUGAAUUCUGCGUUAUAUAAUGUUGAUGGUGGUCACCGUGCGGUAAUCUUCGAUCGGUUUACCGGUAUUAAACAACAAGUGUCCGGCGAGGGAACUCAUUUCUUUAUUCCGUGGGUUCAACGACCAGUUAUUUUCGACAUUCGUUCACAACCCCGGAAUGUACCGGUCGUGACUGGAAGUAAAGAUCUGCAGAACGUAAACAUCACACUACGUAUCUUGUUCCGACCCGUUCCUGACCAGUUGCCAAAAAUUUACACCAUCCUUGGUCAGGAUUAUGACGAGCGAGUACUGCCCUCGAUCACCACCGAAGUACUGAAGGCGGUCGUAGCGCAGUUCGAUGCCGGCGAGUUGAUUACGCAGCGAGAAAUGGUUUCCCAAAAGGUUUCAGAUGAUCUGACCGAGCGCGCGGCUCAGUUCGGUGUUAUCCUGGACGACAUUUCAAUUACGCAUCUGACUUUCGGUAAAGAAUUCACCCAGGCCGUUGAAAUGAAACAGGUUGCCCAACAGGAAGCAGAGAAAGCUCGUUUCAUGGUUGAAAAGGCCGAACAGAUGAAACAGGCGGCUAUUGUUUCGGCAGAGGGUGAUGCCGAAGCUGCUGCCCUACUGGCAAAAUCCUUCGCUGAUAGCGGCGACGGUUUGGUUGAGCUACGACGAAUCGAAGCCGCCGAAGAUAUUGCCUAUCAACUAAGUAGAGCGCGAGGCGUCGCUUAUCUGCCAGCCGGUCAAACGACGCUGCUCAAUUUGCCCCAAUAAGUCGGACAUCGCAGCAGUACCGGGAGUGGAGCAUUUCUUAUUUGAGUAGUUGUUAGUGGAACUAAGUUUAUACACGUUUAUUAUAGGACUGUCGUUACCGGACCGGAGCUUGGAUUAGUUUGGAAUGAUUCCGUAACGAGAUGUGCGCUUGGUUGUUAUUAUUGCAAGCCCUCUCGGCUUGUAAAGCCAGAGAAAUAAUAAAAAAAACAUGUUCCGGUUGGAAGCUGUUAUGGUUCGCGACAGUCCACUUAAGUAAAUUCGAAAUGAGCAUUUUAUUCUGAUACCGCAAGCUACCAUCUAAUAAUAGAGCAAAAUAAAGAGAAGGGGUUUUGUCGAAACUAAAA